CCUGUGAAGGAUGGAGGUCAGUUUGCUGCUGUUGUGUCUUGUGAGCCUCUCGCUGGAGCUCAAAGCCAAAACCAAAUCCCGAGCAUUACAACAGAUUUUGCCCAAAUAAAGGAAGACACUCCAAUAAAUGGAUUUGCAUUUCAAAUAGAAACAUAUGAUCCUGAUCCUGUUCCUGACGCACUGACAUACAUGAUUACGGGGCCUAAAGCAAGCUAUUUUAAAGUCGACCCAGACACAGGGAGAGUAACCAUCCGGACCCCAUUGGAGAGAGAUGAUGAUGACAAGGGUGUAUUCACUAUCGGCGUUGUGGUUUCUGACGCUGAUUAUACCGUUGACAAAGACAUUCGGAUAAUCGUAAACGAUGCGAAUGAUAACCGACCCAUAUUUCAAAAUGAACCUUACAACGAAAAUGUCCCAGAAGAUACUGCCUUGGACAGCGUUCUGUUUCAAGUGUAUGCCAAAGAUGCAGACGCUGGACUUGCCGCUGUUGUAAAGUACCGCAUUGAUGAAGCGAGUCCAAGUGAUGGACUAAAUCAUUUUACUAUCAAUGAGAAUAAUGGCCAAGUCAAACUGGUUAAACAACUGAAUUUUACAAGUUUGAGCACUUUCUAUAGGCUGAAGAUCAACGCCACGGAUGGUGGAGGCCCUGUGUAUAAUGAACCUCUCCCUGUUCAUCAGUCCAGCCUUGCCUUUGCUUUCAUCACUGUGGUGGACGUCCCAGACCUGGAUCCGCGGUUUCUAAGUACUCCUUACGCGACUACUGUCACUGAGCAUUCUCCCGUGGGCCAUUUUGUGUUUAAAGUUACUGCAAUUGAUCAGGACACAGGAAUCAACGAUGCCAUCACCUACAGCAUUGAAGGGCCCAAUGACCUGUUUGACAUCACAGCCAAUGAUGGAAUCAUAUCUGUCAAAAGUGAUAUUGACAGAGAGGCUUUGUUGGACAUCAAUUAUGUUGUGGCCCUUAAAGUGACGGCAACGGAGGUGCAUCCAAGCAUCCUGGGGACCCAAGCCCACACCUCCACUGAGGUGCGGAUUACCAUCAGUGACAUCAACGACAACAAGCCUAAAUUUUAUGACUGUGUUGUGGAGCCCUGCGUGGAGGCCAGCAGCUUCACGGCCAACAUCUUUGAACACUCCUCCAUGGGUGUUCCGGUCGACGACCUCAACAUCGAAGCCAAAGAUUUGGAUCAGGGAGAUAAUGGAAAAUUCGAAUUAAGUCUUGCUGGACCAGACAAGGAUGCGUUCAGUGUGUCGCCACUGAUCGCCUACUCAAAAAGCCAAGUUCAGAUCACGGUCAAGAACUCCCAGGCUGUGGACUACGAGACCAAAACAUCAAUGGUCAUCCAGAUUAUCGCCAAGGAUCCCUCCAAUACAGCAGACUGCUGUUCCACGGCUACAGUCACCAUUCAGAUCAAAGACAUUAAUGACAACAGCCCCACGUUCCCCAAAGAAGUCUACAACCUCAAGGUUGAUGAGCACAGUCCUGAUGGAACCACUGUGGACACGAUAACAGCAACCGAUCCUGACACUAUGGAUGUUGGUAACAUCAGAUACAGACUUCUUCCUGACAGCAUACUAAAGUAUUUCGAUGUAAAUGCAACGACAGGGAGGAUCUUUGUGACAAACAGCAAACUGAUCGACCGAGAACUCACCUCCCUCUAUUCUCCAACUCUGCAAGCAAGAGACCAGGCCAACAACACAGGGAACGCUGUGUUAGAAAUCACACUGACAGACAUCAAUGACCAGACACCACAGUUCAACAGAGAAUCCUACGUUGACUAUGUGAAAGAGAGCUCAGACCUAAGAAUUCAAGUACAGGCUACUGACAGAGAUGAACCACCCAACAGCGAGAUUGUGUAUGGAAUAGUUAGCAGUAACUACAGUGCCAAAUUCACCAUUGACCCCACCACAGGCUGGUUGGAGAACAAAGGCCCGCUAGACAGAGAGGCCAUGCAGGCCAAGGAUAAUGGGCAGGUUAAGUUAAAUGUGACAGCAACUGACAAAGGCAGUCCACCACUGUCCACCUGGGUGCCAGUCAUCAUCAAUGUGGAGGAUAUCAACGACAACACACCGAAGUUUGAAAAAACUUCUUACAAAUUCUCAGUGGAGGAGGGGAAGAAAGCUGCAUUUGUGGGCUCCGUCCGGGCAGUGGAUUUGGACCAAACUAUCGACCACAACCGCAUCUCCUUCAGCAUCGUCAGCGGAAGCUUCGGACAAUUCAUCAUCCGAACCUUCAACGACGAACCCAAUGGUUACAUCGGUAACAUCACGGUCGAUCCGGACAUCGAGCUAGACUACGAGAGCAGCUUCAAGACCUUCAGCCUGGAUGUGGAGGCCAUGGACCUGGGAUCGAUGAAGGACACUGUAAAGGUGGAGGUGAUUGUGGUGGAUGUGAAUGACGAGAGGCCUGAGUUCAAGCCCGUCGCCCCGUUGUACAUAAAGGAAAACACCACUAUCACUGAAGUCGUGGGGCGUUUCAAAGGGGUGGACCUGGACAAGAAUAACUCUCUGGUCUACCAGCUGGUCGCCACUAAGUGCCGCUGUAACGGCUCCCUGACUCUCGGAACCUGCCCAGAGGACUGGUUCAUCCUGCAGCCCACAGGGGAGAUCAUGCUCAACGAGGAGUUUGUGAUCGACUUUGAGAAGUGUGACCAGGUUGAGCUGGAGGCCCAGGUGGAGGAUGAGUGCACCCAGAAAGGGGAGAACAACAGCGCAACAUCAGGGCGCAUUGUGAUCAACAUCGAAGACAUCAAUGACAAUGCCCCUGAUUUCGAUACAACAGAUUCCUUAUAUUUUGUGGUGUCAGAGACGGCCUCUGUUGGCUCAGUAAUCGCCAGUGUCACUGCUACAGACCGUGAUUCCGGGAAAAAUAGGCAAAUGACAUUUUCGAUAACAAGUGUACAAUUCUGGGAUGACGUCAACAAUAAAACGAACGACUUGGGUAGUCGAGUGUUUCGAAUUGUCACCACACAGGAAGACGAUAAAUACGUCGGAAAUAUUCAUAACAUCGAAGUGCUGAAUAUUAACGUGAAAGGUAAGUAUUUGGUGACAGUCGGGGCAGCUAACACUGAGGAACCCAAACUCUUCUCCGAAACCAAACUGGAGGGGGGGACUGUGGUGACAGAGAAACAGGUGAAUCCAUUCAUGUUCGUUCUGUUGGGAUUGGUGGCAGGCCUCAUCAUCGUCCUGGCUGUCAUGACAACAUCUCUCGUCUGCACCCGCAGGAGCUACAGAACGAAGCUGAAGGCAGCUAAAGCAUGAACUCAGCAGCCAUGGUGGUGACUGGUGGAGAUCUGAAGAGUGGACCUGUCGUGCCUGGAACCAACAGUAACCAUGGAGGGGGCUAACCCUGUGCUCAACUUGAACAUCGACACAGCCACAGACCUGGGCUUCGACGAAGAAGGCUCUAACGCUGACAGAGUCAGCCUGAAUUCCUUGGACUACAACAUAGACAUGGUCAUGUCUGACAAGGAUACGAUGCCCAUGAUGAUGAUCCAGGAGGAGGAUGAGGAGGAGUGGGGAGCAGAUAACCCCYACGUCGAGCCUCUGGGUGAAGCCUUGGCCCAGCGUGGCARGAAGAGAGACAACAACAGCCCUAGUUUAACCUUCGCUAACCCUUCACUCAGCACCACAGACCUGUGAGUGGCUGCCAUCUUGGGGCAGUAUCACUGACCUGUGACGGCCAUUUUGGGAUCUAUGAUACUGACCGCGGGUUCAUAAAAUGGACCCCGUAAAAUGGACCUUGCUUCCUGGAAAAGGAUAGAUGCCAAACUCUGUGCUAGAAAGACAAUGUGAUUUUUGAGAUUAAAUCAAGUUCAAAUCUAA